AUGGAUGUCAAAUGUGCUUUUCUGAAUGGUGAGUUAGAGGAAAUGGUCUACGUAGAGCAACCACCAGGUUUUUUGAAUGAAAAUUAUCCAAACCACUACUACAUUUUGGAUAAGGUUGUGUACGGUUUAAAACUAUCCUCUAGCAUGGCAGAGUUGGGAGGGGAUUUUUAUCAACCAGGAAGCCUACACCAAGUCGUUACUUGCAAAAUUCGGAAUGGUAGGAGAAUCACAAGUCAAGGUCCCAAUGGCAUUCAGAACGAGGCUAACACCGUCCUUGGACAAACCUAUAGUGGAUAUUACUCUCUAUCGACAAAUGAUUGGAUCAUUAAUGUAUCCAGUCGACCAGACAUAUUUUUUGCUGUUUGUUGUUGUGCUAGGUUUCAGGCGAAUCCUCGUGAUCCACACAUGACUCCUGUAAAGAAUAUUCUGAGAUAUCUCAAAAGGUCAUCUUCUCUCGGAAUAUGGUAUCCGUCAAACUCCGUAUUCUUUAUGCAAGCAUUUUUGGAUGCUUAUCUUGGCGGAUGUGGUCUCGAUCAUAAAAGAAGUUCUGGGAGAUGUUAG